UUUUACAUAGAUGAAGGAAUGGUUGAUUUUGGGCGAAAUAAACAGAAUUAGUAAAGCUAUCUUGUUGACAACUCUCUCUUUCUUUAUUUGCCUUCCUUCCUUCAUUUAACAGAGAAAGAAAGGGGGCCAUCGGGUUGUUUUGGAUGAUGAUGACAAUAGAGGGAAUGAUGGAGAAGGGGGUUCUCGAUGACGUCAUUAGGAGGCUGCUUGAAGGCAAGGGAGGCAAGCAAGUUCAGCUCUCGGAGUCUGAGAUCCGUCAGCUUUGCGUCAACGCCAGACAAAUCUUCCUCUCUCAGCCCAUCCUCCUCGACCUCCAGGCUCCCAUCCGCAUCGGCGGUGACAUACACGGCCAGUACCAAGACUUGCUGAGGCUUUUCGAAUACGGCGGUUAUCCUCCCACCGCCAACUACCUCUUCUUGGGAGAUUAUGUAGACAGAGGCAAGCAGAGCUUGGAAACCAUAUGCCUGCUUUUGGCCUACAAGAUAAGAUAUCCUGACAAGGUUCACCUGCUCAGAGGAAACCAUGAAGACGCCAAAAUCAACCGGAUAUACGGUUUCUACGAUGAGUGUAAAAGGAGGUUCAAUGUUAGGCUGUGGAAGAUAUUUACAGAUUGCUUUAACUGUUUGCCGGUUGCUGCACUCAUUGAUGGAAAAAUUCUCUGUAUGCAUGGAGGACUCUCUCCUGAAUUGCAAACUUUGGAUCAGAUAAGGGAGAUUUCAAGGCCUACUGAGAUUCCAGAUAGCGGUCUACUCUGCGAUCUGCUCUGGUCCGAUCCCGAUCCCAGCCUGGACGGUUGGGCAGACAGCGACCGAGGCAUUUCCUGCACUUUUGGUCCUAAUGCAGUCACCGAGUUUUUGGACAAAAAUGAUCUUGAUCUCGUUUGCAGAGGUCAUCAGGUUGUGGAGGAUGGAUAUGAAUUUUUCGCUAAACGGCGAUUAGUUACCAUAUUCUCUGCUCCAAAUUAUGGUGGCGAGUUUGACAAUGCUGGUGCAUUGUUGAGCGUUGAUGAAUCUCUUGUUUGUUCCUUUGAGAUAUUGAAACCGGUGGAUAAAGGAUCCUCAUCAAAGGUCACUCUUAAAAAGCCCCCUAAACUUGGCAAGGUAUAGUCAGUUGUGGAAUUAAAGACGUUCAGUUCAAAUAGGAAUGCAGCUAACUCAACUUGUACGGAGAUGAAACUUUCGAGUAGGAGCUUGGCAUGAGUUGAAGACUGUGAAUGAUGUAAUGGCUGAGAGUAUUAUUAUUGUAAACUAGAGUACCCAGGGUAGGCAUUCUUCUGUGGCAGCAGCAGCAGACAUUUUUGCUUUUUCCACCAGUUGCUUGUAGCUUGUGUAAUGUGUGAGCAUCAAAGAUAUUUCAUGUUUUCAAAUGUAAAGAUUUCUAUGCCAUUUGUCUGAAUGACUGCUCAAGAAUAUUGUUUUUGGUAGUACGAGGCUGGCUAUGGCACUGAAUCGUAUGAACAUUUGCAGUCUUCAUAUGAAUAGAAUGCCUUGUUCUGAUUCAUAGCAACAA